AUGGUUUACUGUGGAAAGCCCAGCAAAGGCUGUGGUCAGUGCCGGACUCGCAAAGUCCGAUGCGAUCAGGCCCAACCGGCUUGCUCGCAGUGCGUUAGGGCCAAGCGGGAAUGCCCCGGCUAUCGAGACCAGUUAUCAUUAAUGUUCCGCGACGAAAGCAAAUCAGUGGCAAGGAAAGCGAAAGCGGAGGCAAAGGAUUCAAGAGCAGGCUUAGUCAAGUCCGCCAAAUCGAAGACAACACGGUCGCCUCGCGUUACUUCCCCAGAGGGGAACCGCACAGCUUCCCUAGAAUGGAAUCCUCUGCGCCCCAUUAACCUUUCAGCGGGGCCAAAUCAGCGGUUCGGCUUCAACGCAACUCCACAGUAUAUCGUACCGAAUGCAUGGGAUGUUCCUAUGGAAGUGCAGCCUUUGGCCCCAACCAAGGAAGAUGCCUUAUGUUACUUUAUGCGCUCUCAUUCAUUCCCGGGCGCAUUUUGGUCAUCCGACAUGAUGGGCAGAUUCAUGAUGCAGUCUGAUGGACCGAUAAGUCAGUGCGCCAUGAAGGCAAGUAUCAACGCAGUGGCGUCCGCAAUGCUGUGCAGGGUUCAGAAAGUGACCUCGCUCAUGGAGGUCGCACGAAAAGAAUAUGUUUCUGCACUAACACUGUUAAAUGACGCACUGGCCAAUCCAGAAGAGGCCAAGUCCAAUCAAGCCCUCGGAGCGGUCGUGCUGCUUGCCAUAUACGAAGUUGUCACUUCAAGAGCCCCGCAGGAUAUUGAUCUCUGGACUAACCAUAUAAACGGAGCUACUGCCCUCCUGGAGAUGCGUGGUCCCGAUCAACUGAAGACUGAAACUGGCCUUCGUCUUUUUAUGCACCUGCGGUAUCAGAUUAUUAUCAGCUGUAUGCAACGAGACACCCGAGUACCCGAGUCUCUCCUGGAGGGCUCCAAAUAUAUCCUAGACCUCCGUCCCAGCGAGGCCUAUGGUAAUCGAUUAAUCAUCAUUGUCGGUCGGCUAUCGAACCUUCGGGCCGAUAUAAUCGCACACAGAAUAACCGAUGACCAACAAAUUAUCGCGGGGGCGUCGGCCAUUGAAGCUGACCUGAUCGCCUGGCUCGCCGGCUUACCACCCGGCUUCUCCUACGAAGUCCACAAGAAGGAUCGUUUUGACUUCCAGUUCCAGCAGCAGUGUCGGGGACUAGCUUUAUACGACGAACAGUACCAUGUAUACCCCAAUCUCUGGGUUUGCAAUUCAUGGAAUCAAUACCGCUGUGCCCGCAUUAUUGUCAGCGAGAUGAUCUUGACCCACGUCCGAAACAUGUCCGAUUCGUCAUCAAUGAGAGCACUCUCAGAGGAGUUCCGACAACAAUGCCAGACCCUCCGGGCUACCAUUCAUCGCCUUGCAGUGGACAUCUGUCGCAGUGUGCCCUUCUGCCUAGGUGUGCACCAUAAUAAAUCGGACCCAUCCCUACCUCCACCAGAUAGCUAUCUCGGUGGCCUAAUUCUUCUCUGGCCAAUGUACUUAGCUGGCACUGCGGAAAAACCAACCCACCCGCUUCGUCGGUGGGUGGUGCAGUGUCUGCGCAUGGUUGGCAAUACCUAUGGUCUGGACCAAGCCCUGGCACUGAUGGACAUCGUUGCAGCAGACCCGGGUAUUUUGCGCGAAGAAGAGCAAAAUCGGAUCACCGAGGUACCUGGGCUAUCAACCUUGUCACCCUCCGACAUGACAAACUUUUCUUUCCAGCCACCUGGCCUUAUGCAAACAUUCUGA